UGGCCUGUGGGCGGGGCAGCUGUCGCCCGGGAGCCGAGGUUUGGUGCUGGGAGUCAUGGCGGCCCGCCGAGCUCUGCAUUUCGUGUUCAAAGUGGGAAACCGCUUCCAGACUGCGCAUUUCUUCCGGGAUGUCCUGGGGAUGAAGGUUCUCCGCCAUGAGGAAUUUGAAGAAGGCUGCAAAGCUGCAUGUAAUGGGCCUUAUGAUGGGAAAUGGAGUAAGACAAUGGUGGGAUUUGGGCCUGAGGACGAUCAUUUUGUUGCAGAGCUGACAUAUAAUUAUGGCAUUGGAGACUAUAAGCUUGGCAAUGACUUUAUGGGAAUCACUCUCGCCUCCACCCAGGCUGUCAGCAAUGCCCGGAAGCUGGAGUGGCCACUCCGCGAAGUUGCAGAAGGAGUUUUUGAAACUGAGGCCCCAGGAGGAUAUAAGUUCUAUUUGCAGGAUCGCAAUCUGCCCCAGUCAGAUCCGGUAGUAAAAGUAACUCUGGCAGUGUCUGACCUUCAGAAGUCCUUGAACUACUGGUCUAAUCUACUGGGAAUGAAAAUUUAUGAACAAGAUGAGGAGAAGCAAACAGCUUUGCUGGGCUAUGCAGAUAACCAGUGUAAACUGGAGCUACACGGCAUCAAGGGUGCAGUGGAUCAUGCAGCAGCUUUUGGAAGAAUUGCCUUUUCAUGUCCUCAGAAAGAGUUGCCACACUUAGAAGACUUGAUGAAAAGGGAGAAACAGACCAUCCUAACUCCCCUGGUGAGUCUGGAUACUCCAGGGAAGGCCACAGUGCAAGUGGUCAUCCUGGCUGACCCUGAUGGACAUGAAAUUUGCUUUGUUGGGGACGAAGCCUUCCGAGAACUUUCUAAGAUGGACCCAAAAGGAAGCAAAUUACUGGAUGAUGCAAUGGCAGCAGAUAAAAGUGAUGAAUGGUUUGCUACAAGAAAUAAACCAAAAGCUUCAGGUUAAUGGGAGACAUCAUGUAAACAAGCCUUGAUGAUUCCUGUCAAGCGUCCAUGAGGCCUGAUGUGGCUGUUGACAAAAAAAAAAAAAAAAAUGCUCGUACAUGGGCCUGAGAAAUGGCUUAGCAGUUAAGGCACUUGCCUUCAAAGCCAAAGGACCUUAGUUCAGUUCCCCAGGGCCCACAUAAGCCAGAUGCACAA